UUCUCUGUGUUUUAUCAGCUUGGGGACCUGCGUUCUCCAAUAUUUCUGUACAACACCUUCAGGAAUCCCUGUGUGUCUGGUGGCUUGUGACUAAAUUGUGUCAGUGGGAUUGUGGAAUUUUGCCUGAUUGGUCUAUAUGCAUGCACAGACACACAACUACAUGUGCAGGUAUGACCAAGGGACCAGGAGAGUGUGUCACUAUGUAAUUGCAUGGCUGUAUGACUAUACAUGAUGUGUCUGUGAUGUGUGUCCAUGUCCCCUACCCAGGCUGCCAGGGCACCGGAGUGGAGGUCUCUGUUGUGGAACCUCAGAUCUUGUCCCCAUGUUUGGCAAAAAUCAAGCAGCAGCUAGGGGCAGAGCCACCGUAUGGGUCUGCUGCAGUUCAGGUACAGCCUGUGGCAUGAUCCAGCAGUCCCAGCCUCCCUCCCGGCCCGCGUUGCACUGGAGCAGCUGUAACUGCACCGGCCUCAGCUGCCUCCACGGUCCUAUGCAGUGACAACUGAGGGCCCAUGGCAGACACUGGCGGGCUGCUUGGCAAGGGGCUCCCUCCUGCCACAGGGCUCAGACGCUAGGAGCUCCCAACCCAGGCGAUUUAAGCCAUGUUUAUUUGAAGACCCAAUCCCCCAACCCCCCCAUUCACCAGGGGACAGAGCUCUGGCUGGUCUGGGCCCCCACCUGAUAGCAGCCUCCAGCAUCUGGGGUGUCUGAUAAUGCUUGGCAGGGAGUUCGUGCCAAGUCCCGCCAUCAGCACGGCUGUUGCUGUUUAUUGGGGAGGGGGACGGUUGCAGAGCCCUGCUUGGGGGACAGGGGGUCCCACAGCCUGUUCCCAGCAUACCUAUGCUACCUGCCACCCCUUCUCCAGGAAGGUAAACAGAGACCAGGCCCCCAAGUCUCUCCUUCUUUGGGGAUCCAGUGCCUUUCUUUGUACCUGAACCCCCAACCACUGAGCCCCCAGCCCCUGAUGUCUGACGUGGCCUUGGAUGCAGGGUCAGUAUUCAAGGCCCAGCCACAAACAGGCUGAAGCGAGAUCUGUUCCCCAGAAACAGUGACCCCCCGCCUUGUCUGCCCCUUAUCAGGGGCUGCAGCCAAUCAGCUGAGGGCAGAGAGGAGCCCUCCAAGAGGCCAUCAGAGCCUCAGAGCCCACGAGGCAGCCAAGGGAGAGGAGGCCUGAGGCCCAGGGUGGGCGCCAGCCAGCCAUGGCCGCAGCAGAGACCGCCUUGCCCUCUAUCGGCACACUCACCGCCCUGGGCCCUUUCCCGGAGGCGCAGGAGGACUUCCUCAAGUGGUGGCGCUCUGAAGAGGAGCAGGAUAUGGGCCCGGGUCCCCCCGCCCCCACGGGGCAGCCCCCCCACGUGAAGCUGGAGUUGGAGGACCCGCCCAGGGAGGACGAAGACAAUGACAGGGACGCAGAUGUCACCUGGGACCUGGAUCUCCUGCUCACCAACUUCUCCGUCCCGGAGCAGGGUGGCGUGCCCCGAACCUGCGCUCUGGCGCCCGGCGAGGGGCCUGGGGCGCAAUACCCGCCGCCGCCGCCGCCCGAGACUCGGGGCGCGUAUGCGGCCGGCCCGGGGUCGGUGGCUGGGCUCUUGGGUCCCGAGGAGCCCCUGGGCUGGGCGCGCCCUGUCCUGCGAGCCCCGACCCCGGACGCCUUCGUGGGCCCAGCCCUGGCCCCGGCCCCCGAGCCCAAGGCGCUGCAGCUGCAGACGGUGUACCCCGCGCCGGGCGCCGGCUCCUCCGGUAGCUACUUCCCCAGGACCGGGUUUUCAGUGCCCACGGCGCCGGGCGCCCCCUACGGGCUGCUGUCCGGGUACCCCGCGCUGUACCCGGCGCCGCAGUACCAAGGGCACUUCCAGCUCUUCCGCGGGCUCCCAGCGCCCGCGCCCGGCCCCGCCACGCGCCCCUCUUUCCUGAGUUGCCUGGGACCCGGGACGGCGGGCGCCGGACUCGGAGGGACCGCAGGAGACCCAGGCGCGACCGCCGAAGCCGCACAGUCCAAGCGCAGCCGGCGCUCGUGGGCGCGCAAGAGGCAGGCGGCGCACACGUGCGCGCACCCGGGCUGCGGCAAGAGCUACACCAAGAGCUCGCACCUGAAGGCGCAUCUGCGCACGCACACCGGAGAGAAGCCAUACGCCUGCACUUGGGACGGCUGCGGGUGGAGGUUUGCACGCUCGGACGAGCUGACCCGCCACUACCGGAAGCACACAGGACAGCGCCCCUUCCGCUGCCAGCUCUGCUCGCGCGCUUUUUCGCGCUCCGACCACCUGGCCUUGCACAUGAAGCGCCACCUUUGAGCCCUGCCCCGGCACAGGGCAGGGCCUGUGGGACUGGGGAUGGAAGAACAGGAGUGGAUCCACACAGGGCGGUUUUCCCAAAGACGGACCCUCGCUGGAUUGGCGGCCCCACAGACCCACUGAGGCAUCAAGGACUGACCCGUAGACCUGGGGGAGCCUCCAGCGGAAGUUCUCGCAUGUCCAGAGUCACACAGAGAGAGACGAGAAACGGUCACGCAGACCCAGCGAGACAGACCAAAUACACGGACUCAGACGGACACUCAGAUCAGCUCACAGGAGGCCCUGGACAGCGGGAAGAGGAGGGGGUGAGGCUUCCCAGAGACCCUGGGUCUGGAGGGGGCUUCACUCCGCGACUCUUCCUGACGCCCACGUGGUGGCUGGCAUGAGCUGUGAAUGGUUCUGGGUCUAUAAAAAUGUUCCCCCCAUAAAGCUUCAGUGUUGGCUUGAGUCUGUGGGUUUUGGGGGGCUGGAAGGUGGGAGGAGGCUGUACCUCCAGAGGUGAUCGUAAGGAGCCAUACACACCCGCAUCUCCCAAACCUCAGUGACACCCGUCACCUCUGACAACCCCCCCUUGGGCCCUGCAGGCCUUGCUGCCCUCUCAUCUCCCCCAAGAUCAGGCUACACUGUCCCGUCUCGUGCCUGGAACCCCGGGAACACUCACAGCAACCGUCCCCCUCCACUUAAGAGCCCUCAGCCGGGCCCCAGAGCCCUACCACCCUGCCGCCAUCCAAAGUGACCCCUUGGCUAGCAUGGGAAGCCCCCUCCCCCCGGCCUCCCGCAGGGGAAAACGUGCAGAACGAAAAGGGGGUUGGAUCCGGAGCACAAACUCCCUCCCCUUAAGAGAGCAAAAGUUGUAGGGCUGGAAAGGAAAAAAAUCCAAACCUGCGCCUGAUCAGGAAGCCAGGGCGGGAGCGGGGUGGGACGGAAGAACGCGGGC